AUGCCUAGUGAUAAUAAUGAACAAGUACACGGAUCUCCUUCGAGUGAGCACAGGCUGAGAGUCGAGCGGGAUGACGGUAACCAUUACGACGUGUCUCCUGACAGGUAUGCUCCUCACUUGUCGGAGUUUUAUUCGAUCGUAAACAGCAAAAAGCCCGUGGCGAGUAAUGCUGGCUCCGACGAUAAUGAUCAUCUGGACGACAUGCACCAUUUGCGUACAUCCAAAGUAUAUUCCAAGGCCCGCCGGGCAUCCAGUAUAACUUCUGGUACAAGUACGAUCAACGACCUGCAAACUCUAAUUACAAAAAGAGAUGUCAAGGAUACUCAAGAAGCGCUGUCGACUUUGUUUAGGAAUUCGAAUGCUUAUUCGGACUCGUUGUUGAAAACAUCUCACAAUGGGGCGGAGAUUGCCCUUUCUUUGGAAAACAUCGCCAAAUUGAAAGGCUGCAACGACGAAACAGCAGAGAAGCUGCUAAGUGCCAGCGGGUUGUUCUACCUCUUGUCCAAUCAUCAGCUCAUAAUGUCAAAGUAUUUCAAUGAAUUACUGGGAGACAACUUAAUUGACGACAUCGAUGAAUUUAAGUUACAGACAAAGAUAAUGGAGAAUAAAUUCAAGGUCCAAAGUAAAGAACAAAGCUUGAAGUUGAAAUUGCAAGAAAGACACAAUUUCGAUAUUUCGAAAAGGAAAAUAAGGAACUUGAUAUCGUACCGAGAGAGCCUCUCCAGUUUACAAGCACGAUUAGACCAACUAGAGACGCUAAAACAUGAUUUUUACAUGGACUCAUACGAGCUCGUGGAAAAUACCUGCAAUAAAGUACUAAACAAAGUCGCCACAGUGUCCAGGGCGCAAGUGGAGAUUUCUGAGAAUAUUGCUAGGAAGGGCUGGUCUGGCGGUGGACUGGAUGACUUAUUAUAUGAUGCGGACGACCCUUUCAGCAAGAAGACCAAGGGACCCUACGGGACCGCGGACGGAGAUGAAGAGACGGGAGACGGGGAAGAGUGUAUGGACGACAAUGAGGAUACAAGCGGGGGCGAUGUGGUGCUCAAUGAACUACUAGAAGGAACUAGUCGACCUUCCACGUCAAAAACAUUUUCACCAAAGUCCAAGAGCUCCUCGACGGCAUCUACGCCGCACCAUUCCUACUCCAAUACAAAUGUGGAGGAGGUACGAAGCAGCAACAACGAAGGCGGCGAAAAUGGCGACGAAGACGAUGAUGAGGAUGUGGACAAUCUGAUGGGGGCGGAGAACUCGUUUUCGUUGCCGCCUACAAGAAACUCAAACGAGGAAACAGCGGAAACGGCGGAAACGGCGGAUACGUUGAGACAGUUGUCUAUUGAAAGGGACAAUGACGGCAACGGCAGCGAUAGCAAUAGCGACGCGAUGGAAGACCAGUCAAGUAAUAUAUAA